AUGCCUCGUCUUCCUCCCGCCGAGAAGCUUCCCCUUGCUGCCCGCAAGAACCUCCGUGAUGAGUGGGACAACAAGAAAGAGGAGCUUGAGAAGAAGCUCUCAGACGUCCUCGGAGUGGCCUGGACUGUCGAGGUCGACCCCAAGGCUCUGUUCCCCUAUGCUGAGGAAGGCUCAUACGGCAAUCACAGCCCCGGCAACUUGAUCGCCGAGUACAUCGAGGGUGCUCACAGCCAGCUCUCUUACAUCAUCGGAAGGACCGGUGGUGAGAUCUACAAGAACGACCUGAAUGAUCUCGCUCACGCCCAUGUCAUCACCUUUGACUACACCGACGACUCAACCAUCUACUACAACGGCGCCGUCGUCAACGAGCAGGGCCAGCUCGUCAUCGUGUUCAGGGAGAACGCCCUCGGCACCAACAUCAGCAGCGCCCUCGAGGAGGGCAAGCUCAAGAAGGCGCUCCAGAACGCCCCCUCCACCAAGCCCCUCAACUUCCACGCCCGCCUCAGCCUCGCCGAGGACUACGAGCCCAAGAUUGCCGAGCUCCAGGCCAAGUACGGCAAGCUGCUGAACACGGAGAUCACCCUCAACAACAACGCCGAGGCCAAUUUCGCUAAGCUCAACGGCGCUGAGGGCAUCGACUCCGACUGGGACCAAGGCUUCGGCCGCACACUGUACUCUUACUUUGAGGGUCUCUACUCGCAGCUAGAGUACAACAAGUUUGGAUCCGACGACAUGCUCCAGGAGGGGCUCCUCGAGGAGGUCAGCGCCAAGAAGAUUGAGAUCCGCGUGCUCGACGAGAUCAAGGCCUCUUACCACGAGGUUACAAUUGAGGAUGGUAUUCUUUACAUCCAGACCGCCCCUAAGAAGUGGUCAUACAACGCCAGCUACGCCGGAGAGAAGAUCAUGGACCUCUUGUAA